AUGCAAUAUGCAUCUGUUCAAUAUUCUAUACUUUAUAAUGAAUUUAUUGAUUUACAAAAAGAAUUUUAUCCAUAUUAUGGUUAUCCAUUAGAAGAACAAUGGACAUCAACAACUGCAAUUACUGGAUGGACAUCUGGAUUUUUUCCUGGUGUCUAUUGGAAUAUUGUCCAAUAUAAUUCUACACGACAAGCAUUACAACGUGCAAUUGAUGUAACAUUACCAACGGCUGCAUUUGCAAAUAGUACAAGUCCAUAUAAUGCUGGUUUUAUAAUAAUGUCUGGUUUUGGUAAUGCAUAUCGUUUAUUAAAAAUAAAAGAGUAUUUAGAUAUUGUUAUAAUGGGUGCACAUUCACUUGCAACUCAAUAUUCUUCAAUUGUUCGUUGUUUACGUUCAGUGGAUAGUCCGCAAGGUUAUUUAGUUUAUAUUGAUAAUAUGAUGAACUUAGAAUUAUUAUUUGAAGUAAGUAAUCAAACUAAAGAUCAAUAUUUAUAUGAUAUAGCUUGGCAACAUGCAAAUAGAACUAUGUAUGAACAUUUUCGCGAUGAUAAUAGUACUUAUCAUGUUAUUGAAUAUAAUGAAACAGAUGGAAAUGUUAUUCGAAAAUAUACUGUUCAAGGUUAUGCUGAUUGGUCAACUUGGUCUCGAGGACAAUCAUGGGCAAUUUUUGGAUUUACUAUUGCUUAUCGUUAUACAAAAUAUCAACCAUUUCUUGAUAAAGCAAUUGGUGCAACAAAUUAUGUUCUAUCACAUCUUUUAAAUCCGAAUGAUUUAAUUCCUUUUUGGGAUUAUGAUGCACUAAAUAAUUCUAAAUUAUCAUAUCAACCUAAAGAUACAUCAGCUGCAGCUAUAUUUGCUAGUGCACUUAUUGAAAUAUCUCAAUAUGUAUCAAUACCUGACUUAAAAAAUCAUUAUUUAUCAAAUGCAAAAUCAAUUAUUAAUCAAUUAUCUACUCCGAAAUAUUUAAUAUAUGGUGAUAAACAAUAUAAAUUGUCUGCUUUACUUGCUAAUGGAACAAUAGGUCCUUAUCCAAAAAAUCCAUAUGAUGUAUCAUUAUCAUUUGGUGAUUAUUAUUUAACACAAGCUAUCAUACGUCAACAGCGACAAUCAUGUCGAUUACGUUGGGCUGAAUCAUCGUGGACAAGAUGGAUACAGAUACCACUAUUUUUGUGGGUAUCACCUAUUCUUUCCUUGGCUAAUAAACGUACGCUUGUUGAAGACGAUCUUAAUGAUCUUGCUGACAAGGAAAAAUGUUCGAUAUUAUUGAAUAGAGUAAAUCAGCAUAGUUCUAAAUGGCCAGGCACAUGGGAUGUAUUCGUUAAAAUAUUUUAUAAAGACUUUUUAACAAGUAUGCUGCUUGUUUUUCCAUUCUGCAUAGCUCGCGUUGCACAGCCGUUGCUUAUUCGUCAAAUGGUUCUCUAUAUUAAAGAUCAAUCGGGAUUACCCUCUUAUUUGGGUUAUCUAUAUGCUAUUGCCCUUUGCAUUGCUGCAAUUGUGCAAGCAAUCACUCAACAACAGAUAAUAUUUCGAAAUACACGCGUAGGCGUGCGAGCUCGCAAUGCAUUAUCAUCUACUAUCUAUAAGCACUUGUUAACCAUCAAUACUGCAGCUCUACACAAGACUACUGCGGCUCAGACGAUUAAUUUAGUAUCAAACGAUGCUAAUAAAUUUGCAGAAUUAAGUAUUUUCGUACAUGGUUUGUUAAUGGUACCUUUGGAUUCUUUGGCAAUGUUUGGCCUCAUUUGGUGGACGAUCGGUUUACCAACAUUAUUCGGCUAUUCAGUAUUGUUUCUAUUAAUACCAAUACAGUUCAUUUUCAGUAGAAAAUUUAGUCAAUACAGAAAGGCUACAAUGGCAUGUACAGACAAACGGGUGCAAACAAUCAAUGAAAUUGUCAACGGAUGUCAAAUUAUAAAAAUGUACACUUGGGAAAAAGCCAUGGAGCAACGCGUACUUGAAACACGUCUACAGGAAGUUUCAAACGUUCGAAAAGCAAGCAGUUUAAGAGCUCUCAAUGUUGCUAUGGCGUUCGUAGCGUCACCUUUGAUCUCUCUUGCUACAUUCGGUGGUAGUUGGUUAAUGGGUCGUACGUUGCUUCCAGAGAAUGUUUUCUCGACACUAUCCUUCUUCGGCAUGGUUCGACUUCCAUUGACAAUUACGAUGCCAUACUUUAUUGAAAAAUUCAGUGAAGCUCGUAUUUCUGCAAGAAGAAUUGAUAAAUUUAUGCAACUGGACGUACUGCAAAAUAGAAGUGAAAAAAUGAAAAAUGGAAAUGAUGUUUAUGCAAUUAUGAUGGAAAAUGCAUCAUUUUCUUGGAAAGAUGCUCCUUCUUUAUCUUCUCUCAAUUUGACAAUCAAACACGGCAACUUAAUUGGGGUAAAAGGUGCCAUCGGUGCUGGUAAAUCAACUCUACUAGCUGCUAUUCUCGGUGAGAUCAAUCUUGUCAGUGGAAAAUCACAAGUAAAUGCUACAUCGAUUUCAUAUGCUCCACAAUCGGCAUGGAUAUUUGCUGACACAGUGCGAGCUAAUAUUCUACUUGGUAAACCACUCGAUGAAGAACGUUACAAUAGUGUAAUAAAAGCAUGUUGUCUUGAUAUUGAUCUACAGAAUUUUGGCGAAACGGGUGAUUUAUUGAUGAUUGGUGAUAAAGGUGUUAAUUUAAGUGGAGGACAAAAAGCUCGAAUAUCACUUGCUCGUGCACUUUAUGCUGAUGCUGACCUAUAUUUACUCGAUGAUCCACUUGCUGCUGUUGAUCCCAAAGUGGCCAAAAGUAUUUUUGAUCAAUGCAUCGGUCCAUAUAGUCUCCUUCGUGGAAAAACACGAAUAUUGGUUACACAUCAGACACACUUUUUAAUUGAAACAGAUCAAAUGUUUCUCGUAGAAAAUGGGCACAUCGAAGAAUUAAACAUUGAACAACACACCACAAUUCAGCCGUCGAAUGAAACAUUAGAAACAGAUCCAUCUGACAACAAGGAAACAGAUUGGAAACUUGAUACUUCUAUAACUGAUAUAAAUUCAAUUGUGACAAGUGAAAAAUCAGCUGAUGGUAGUAUUAAAUGGAAAGUUUGGCUAGAACUAUUUACUGCACCUCCGUUACGUUGGUUUGGCUUUUUACUUAUGAUUAUUAUAAUAUUUGGCAAUGAGGCGUUGUAUGAUUUUACAAAUAGUUGGCUAGCACGAUGGUCCAGUAAAGAUGAAACUGAACAACAGUCAUCAUUUUAUAUUAAUGUCUAUCUUGGAGUUAUAUUUGCUACAUUGUUCGUUGCAGUGAUACGUGUUGGCUUUAUCAUUUAUAUCAUGUUAUGUGGUUCAACCCAUUUUCACAAUCGAAUGCUGAAUGGUAUCUUGUAUACAUCGUUACGUUUCUUUGAAAAUAAUCCAAGUGGACGAAUCUUGAAUCGAGCAAGUAAAGAUCAACAAGUAGUAGAUGAAGCAUUACCUCUUGCUUUAAUUGAUACUAUGCAAUGUCUACUAUUAUCUUUUGGUUCUAUCGUAGUCGUUGGAAUAGCCAAUCCAUGGGUACUUUUAAUUCUCAUUCCGUUGACUCCUGCAGUUUUUUGGCUUCGUCGAUUUUACAUGAGUUCGAGUCGACAGCUCAAGCGAUUGGAAAGUGUAACACGUAGUCCUGUUUAUACAUUGUUCUCAACUUCAUUAGAUGGACUCACUAGUAUUCGUGCGUUUAAUGUUCAAGAUAGUUUUUUGAAUAUGUUCAUAGAAAGAAUCGAUGCGAAUACACGAGCUGCCUUCAUUCUCAGUGCCACUACACAUUGGUUUGGUUUAAGGCUUGAUCUUAUAGCAUCUUCACUCACUUUGAUUACUGGUAUUCUCGCCGUAGCGUUGCGCCAUCAAAUAGAUCCAUCGACAUUAGCACUCAGUUUAAGCUAUUGCAUUACCUUAACAGGUCUCUUUCAAUGGGGUAUAAGACAAUCAGCCGAAGCUGAAAAUUUCAUGACUAGUGCAGAACGUAUUCAUGAAUAUGGUCAACUAGUAUCAGAAAGUCAUCAAAACAAUGGUGACAACAAUGUUCCAAUACAACCAGACAAAGAUUGGCCUUCUCGUGGUAUUAUCGAAUUUAAAGAUUACACUUUUCGCUAUCGACCUGAGUUAGAUCCAGUGCUCAAAAAUCUUAAUCUACGGAUUGAAUCUAAGGAAAAGAUUGGAAUUAUUGGUCGGACAGGUGCUGGAAAAUCAUCACUUCUUCAAGCUCUUUUUCGGCUUGUCGAUCAGUCAGCAGUCAAUGGAUCUAUUCUCAUCGACGACAUUGAUAUUGGACGUUUAUCACUUAAUUAUCUUCGUUCUCGUAUAAGUGUUAUUCCACAAGUACCCAUACUCUUUUGUGGAUCUCUUCGAUACAAUAUUGAUCCAUUUAAACAAUUCACAGAUGAAGAAUGUCUUACAGCACUUGAAGCUGUUCAACUCAAAUCAUUGGUACGCAAUCAUAAUGAUGGGAUUCAUUUGUUGGUGGCUGAAUCUGGUGCAAAUUUGAGUGCUGGUGAAAGACAAUUGAUUUGCGUCGCUCGAGCCAUCUUGAAGAAGAGUCACAUAUUAUUAAUUGAUGAAGCCACUGCAAAUGUUGACUAUGCGACAGAUAAGAUGAUUCAAGAAGUCAUCGCUGACAAGUUUCGUGAUCGUACCAUAUUAACUAUUGCACAUCGAUUGAAUACUGUAGCCAACAGUGAUCGUAUUCUUAUGUUAGAACAAGGAGAGGUUGCCCACUUUGAUUCGCCUAGCAAUAUUAACCUGAUUUAA